AUGACAAUCAGUGUGGCUUCACGAAUUGUAUAUCAGGAAGAAGGAGAAGAAGAAGGCAAUGACGGUAAUAAAGAAAACUGCACAUUUGUAGAAGAAUCGAGAGAAGAUGAUAGUUUGUCGCCUUGUAGAUUUAAGUGCCUUAAGUUUUCAAGCGCCAUCGACAUGUUGUCCCCGACAAUAAAAGAAACGACAGAUAAGAGUUUAAGUAUUCGUUCAACAGCAUUUCAAAUGUUUCGUGAUAAUUAA